AACAACGGACAACUUAGAAGCAAUCUAAGUAAUAAAUAGUUUAUUUCGUCGAGUUCGAAUCAACAAUUUUCAGUUAAAUUUUCCAAGAAAUGGAUCCCUCUCUUCUACCACGUGUGCCUCCGCCACCGCCAGUUCGCUGGACUGGUCGGCAACCUGGAGCAACAUCAGGUGGAUAUUCGACUACUCCGAACUAUCCUUCUGCAGCUCCUGUGGAUGGGAAUUACAAGCAGACGCCUUAUCAUGGUGGAGGUGGGUAUUCUAAUCGAGCCUCAGGUGCAGCUGGAGGAACUUGUGGGGGUUGUGAUCAACAGCAGUCGUCGAGCUUUUGCGGGCGUGAGCAAUAUGAUAACGAGAAUUACAACACUGUUGGCAAGGGCGCAGAUCAGCGAGACUCGUGGGGAUUCGGAAGUCGAAGCGGCACAGCAAAUUAUGACAACUACCACUAUAAUUCGGGUUAUGGUCGUGCCGAUGGUACAACAGGUAGUGCUACAACGACACACUUCCAAGGUAAAAACAAAAACAAUGACUAUUCCUACAAUAAUGGUCCAUCGUACAACACCAACGGCAAUAGCAAUUACUACAACAGCAGCUACGGUCGUCGCGAUAACAGUGCCCACCCAGCAGGUCAACAUCGCGGAACAGCAACAAUGAAAGGUAGUAGCACUACAACUACUGAUAAUUGGACCAAAGGCAGUUCCAAUCCAACCACUUGCACAUCUGCGCCUCCUAUCAACCUCGACACCACUCACAUCAAUGGCACUAAGACUCUUCUCGUUGAUGGAGAACCAUUUGCUCGUGAUGAUUUCGAUACUGCUGCAUGGUGCACUAGGUCCAGCUUCAACAAGAUCAUGCACAACCGCUCCAGCAACUUCGACUACCACUACAACUUAGGGUUGAAAAGUUCCGGAAUUUUGACCACGACACCCUGUAACUACGACACCAUUGGAGGAGGUGGUCGCGAUCGCGAGAACGGCAAGACUGGAGGAAAAAAUCAAGGUGGGAAGUUCAACAAAUUCAAUGACACGAAAGGGCUUACGGACAACUAUAAAGGUGGAAUACCGCUGAACCCCUUGCUUGGGAAGCCUUCGUGGUUGGGCGCUUCUGCUGGAAAGUUACGGCUCCUGCAGGUCGUCUUCCAUAGGUCCCUGUCUAGAAUUACGUUGCCAAGUAGCGUACAAAAAUCCAAGUACGCGGUACUAUUCAGAAGUAAGUACAACAUUGAUUGUCGAACAACAUUUGUUGAUAAGUUCUGCUCCUCAGCAGAAGCGCCCAACCACGAAGGCUUCCCAAGCAGCCUUCGUGGUUGGGCGCUUCUGCUGGAAAGUUACUGCAGGUCGUCGUCCAUAGGUCCCUGUCUAGAAUUACAUUGCCAAGUACCGUCAAGUACGCGGUACUAUUUAGAAGUAAGUACAACAUUGAUUGUCGAACAACAUUUGUUGAUAAGUUCUGCUCCUCAGCAGAAGCGCCCAACCACGAAGGCUUCCCAAGCAGCCUUCGUGGUUGGGCGCUUCUGCUGGAAAGUUACUGCAGGUCGUCGUCCAUAGGUCCCUGUCUAGAAUUACAUUGCCAAGUACCGUCAAGUACGCGGUACUAUUUAGAAGUAAGUACAACAUUGAUUGUCGAACAACAUUUGUUGAUAAGUUCUGCUCCUCAGCAGAAGCGCCCAACCACGAAGGCUUCCCAAGCAGCCUUCGUGGUUGGGCGCUUCUGCUGGAAAGUUACGGCUCCUGCAGGUCGUCUUCCAUAGGUCCCUGUCUAGAAUUACAUUGCCAAGUACCGUCAAGUACGCGGUACUAUUUAGAAGUACAACAUUGAUUGUCGAACAACAUUGAAUAAGUUCUGCUACCUCCCUGCGCUAAUCCACAAAGGAAGCCGAACAGAUCAGCACUCAUUCAAAGGGAGCAAAGGAAAAGGUCAGGACGGACCGAAGAGCAGCGCUUUCGACGAAAGGCGUCUUUCUUGUGUCACCAAGAGAACGAGUGCGAUCACUUCGAUUCUAGAUGCAGACUUGAAGGGACGUAG